AUGUUCAACGUGGCCUUCCUCCUCACCAUCAUCACCAUCAUCACAGACUUCACGGUGGACUCACCGCAGGUGCAGGGUCUGCGGAGCAUUCUGGCCAUCGCCCAUGACUACGACGUGGGCACCAUCUCACUGCCGAUCAUCCUCAAAGAGCUUCAAAGCGAAGUCGAAUCCUCCAAUCGGGUGGAGGACUGCACACGAGCAGCCGAGGUGGUGGUGAAGAGCGUGAAGUCGUUCCUGAACGACAAAGCCGCGGCCGAGGAUGCGUCGCUCAAGGUCGUGCAGUUCCUCUGCGGAUCCGCCUUCUUCGCGCCCUACCUCAACACCCUCAACAACGUCUGCGGUCGCUUCGCCAAGUAA